CACCGUGUCUCCUCCUCCUCCUCCCCCCCAUCCUCCUGCUCCUCUCACCUGGUAUUAAUAAACCCCACUGACACCCUGUGAUGCGCUGUGGUGUAACAGCACCCUGUCCACGCGGGUCCUCCUCCUGUCUCCUGUUCCACACGGAAUGGCUCGUGCGUUAAUCUGAGAGAUCCAUCGAGCCAAGAGCGCGCGCUGCUGUCCGUCUCCUUCAGCACGCAACGUCUCGUCUCUCUCUGUCUCUACACAGGUUCGGUUCCGAAAAACAAACAAACCCGACUGAGAAUAACCGCCGCCUGAUCUCCGGCUGACAUGGGGUAUGGACGGUCAGACAGCUAUCGCGUGGCCACCACGCAGGACAACGAUGAGAAGGAUUCUCCUAAGAAGAAGGGAGGGAAAGAUCUUGAUGACCUGAAGAAGGAGGUGCCCUUGACAGAGCAUAAGAUGUCCAUUGAGGAAGUAUGCAGGAAGUACAACACUGACAUCGUACAGGGUCUAACUAACGCGAGAGCGGCGGAGUAUCUGGCCCGGGAUGGUCCGAAUGCACUCACCCCUCCACCCACUACCCCAGAGUGGGUGAAGUUUUGCCGCCAGCUCUUCGGGGGUUUCUCCAUUCUGCUGUGGAUCGGAGCCAUCCUCUGCUUCCUGGCCUACGCCAUCCAGGCAGCUACAGAAGACGAGCCAUCUGGAGACAAUUUGUACCUGGGUAUCGUCCUGUCUGCUGUGGUCAUCAUUACUGGAUGCUUCUCCUACUUCCAGGAGGCUAAGAGCUCAAAGAUCAUGGAGUCCUUCAAAAACAUGGUGCCGCAGCAAGCGUUAGUGAUCCGUGAAGGUGAGAAGCUGCAGAUUAACGCUGAGGAGGUGGUAGCUGGAGAUUUGGUGGAGGUGAAGGGAGGAGACAGGAUCCCUGCUGACCUCAGGAUCAUCUCCGCUCAUGGUUGCAAGGUGGACAACUCCUCACUGACGGGGGAAUCCGAGCCGCAGACACGCUCACCUGACUGCACCCAUGACAACCCUCUGGAGACCCGCAACAUCGCCUUCUUCUCAACCAACUGUGUGGAAGGUACAGCACGUGGCAUUGUGGUGUGCACCGGUGACCGAACUGUCAUGGGUCGCAUUGCCACGCUGACCUCUGGCCUUGAAACCGGCAAGACCCCCAUCGCCAAGGAGAUCGAGCACUUCAUCCACAUCAUCACAGGUGUGGCUGUUUUCCUGGGAGUCAGCUUCUUCAUCCUGUCCAUCAUCUUAGGCUACAGCUGGCUGGAGGCCGUCAUCUUCCUUAUUGGCAUCAUUGUGGCCAACGUCCCUGAAGGGCUCCUAGCUACCGUUACUGUAUGUCUGACCCUUACAGCUAAGCGCAUGGCUCGUAAGAACUGCCUGGUGAAGAACCUUGAAGCUGUUGAGACCCUGGGUUCCACAUCUACCAUCUGCUCGGACAAGACUGGCACUCUGACGCAGAACCGCAUGACUGUGGCUCAUAUGUGGUUCGACAAUCAGAUCCAUGAGGCUGACACUACCGAGGACCAGUCUGGGACAUCCUUCGAUAAGACCUCUGUGACAUGGGUGUCACUGGCCCGUGUAGCGGCGCUCUGUAACAGGGCAGCGUUUAAGGCAGGUCAGGAUGCCCUGCCCAUUCUCAAGCGCGAUGUGGCCGGCGAUGCCUCAGAAUCAGCUCUGCUGAAGUGUAUCGAGCUCUCCUGUGGCUCCGUCAAAGCUAUGAGGGACAAGAGCAAGAAGGUGGCUGAGAUUCCCUUCAACUCGACCAACAAGUACCAGCUUUCAGUGCAUGAGACCGAGGAUGAAAGUGAUAGCCGCUACCUGCUGGUGAUGAAGGGGGCACCAGAGCGUAUUCUGGAGCGCUGUUCUACCAUCAUGAUGCAGGGUAAAGAGCAGCCCAUGGACGAGGAGAUGAAGGAGGCGUUUCAGAAUGCCUAUCUGGAGCUGGGAGGACUGGGAGAGAGAGUCCUGGGGUUCUGCCACUUGUUCUUGCCUGAGGACCAGUAUCCUAAAGGAUUCGCUUUCGAUACAGAUGACGUGAACUUCCAAACAGAUAAUCUUUGCUUUGUGGGUCUGAUGUCCAUGAUCGACCCUCCGCGUGCUGCGGUGCCUGAUGCUGUGGGCAAAUGCAGAUCAGCUGGCAUUAAAGUCAUCAUGGUGACAGGUGAUCACCCAAUCACAGCCAAGGCCAUUGCUAAGGGCGUGGGCAUCAUCUCUGAAGGCAACGAGACAGUGGAGGACAUUGCUGCACGGCUUAACAUCCCUGUUAGCCAAGUUAACCCCAGAGAUGCAAAGGCUUGUGUGAUCCACGGCACGGAUCUAAAGGAGCUGACCCAAGACCAGAUGGACGAAGUUCUGAAGAACCACACCGAGAUUGUCUUUGCCAGGACAUCCCCACAACAGAAGCUCAUCAUUGUAGAGGGCUGUCAGAGACAGGGCGCCAUUGUGGCUGUGACUGGUGACGGCGUAAACGACUCUCCUGCCUUGAAGAAGGCUGACAUUGGCGUGGCCAUGGGUAUCUCAGGCUCUGAUGUUUCUAAGCAGGCAGCUGACAUGAUCCUGCUGGAUGACAACUUCGCCUCCAUCGUCACUGGCGUGGAAGAGGGACGUCUGAUCUUUGAUAACCUGAAGAAAUCAAUCGCUUACACCUUGACAAGCAACAUUCCUGAAAUCACUCCCUUCCUGUUUUUCAUCCUGGUCAACAUUCCUCUUCCUCUGGGCACCAUCACCAUUCUGUGCAUCGACCUGGGCACUGACAUGGUUCCUGCCAUCUCCUUGGCCUAUGAAGCAGCAGAGAGCGACAUCAUGAAGCGCCAGCCACGUAACCCUCUGAGAGACAAGCUGGUUAACGAGCGUCUCAUCAGCAUCGCCUAUGGACAGAUUGGGAUGAUUCAGGCUCUCGGGGGAUUCUUUGCCUACUUUGUGAUCAUGGCUGAGAACGGGUUUCUGCCAUCUGUCCUGGUGGGCAUUCGGCUCAACUGGGACGAUCGAUCCAACAACGACCUGGAGGACAGCUACGGCCAGCAAUGGACCUAUGAGCAGAGGAAGAUCGUAGAGUUCACCUGUCACACAGCAUUCUUCGUCAGCAUCGUGGUGGUGCAGUGGGCUGAUGUCAUAAUCUGCAAGACCCGCCGCAACUCUGUGUUCCAGCAGGGCAUGAAGAAUAAGAUUCUGAUCUUCGGCCUGUUCGAGGAGACGGCUUUGGCUGCCUUACUUUCUUAUUGCCCAGGCAUGGACGUGGCCCUUAGAAUGUAUCCACUGAAGCCCAGUUGGUGGUUCUGUGCAUUUCCAUACAGCUUCCUCAUCUUUGUUUAUGAUGAAAUCCGAAAGCUCAUCUUGCGCAGAAACCCAGGAGGUUGGGUUGAAAGGGAGACCUACUACUAAACCAUCAUCUUUAUUUUUCAUCCCGUCCUUCAGCUUUUCUCUCUCUCUCUCUCUCUCUCUCUCUCUCUUACUAACAACUAAAAAAGUAUGAAACCUGUCCAUAAUGACACCUUGUCCUGGUAAACAUGUAUAUGAGUUACAGAUGGCAGUAAGAUGUGAGAACGGGCCGUGACAGAGAGACUGAGCUCCUCUCUCCACUCACUCCUGCUCUGGUUUCUGCUGUGACCCAGACACUCCAGCUGUGGUUCUUCUUCUUCCUUCGCCCGUCUCUUCUCCAUGCUAUCGUCCAGCACUCUCAAUGUUGUACUGAAGACUAGUGACACUGAUGAUUCUUGUCGUAAUUUAAAUUGUGACCAAUUUAGGACGUGAAUGUCCUGUGCACACACUGCCAGUUAUUUUUUCUCCUCCUCAGACUUCUUUCACUUUUCAAGUCCUCCUUCACUCUGUCAUUUCAUCCCCAGAUCUCUUCCUCUUCUUGUUGAAUGAAAUGACACCUACGGCCUUUCAGUCAUCACCUAGACGUCUGGUCAGAUACCCUCUCUAACUCUGUCCAGCCUGCUCUCUCUCUCUCUCUCUCUCUCUCUCUCCCUCCCUCUCUCUCUCUCUCUCUCUCUGUCUC